CAGCCGUUCAUGUGUAUUGGUGAUGGCAUACCCGCUAGCUAAAAAAACGAAGACACGGGCAUUUCCGCCCUCGUGGGCAGAAGACUGUGGCUUUGUUUUCCAUAAGGACCGUGCUGUGUGCACGUAAUGUUUUGAAAAUGUUGUGUGCCGAACAUCCAGUGUUAAGCGCCACUUUGAAACAUGGCACGAAAGAAGUUUCAAAGAUCAGGCAGACAAGGGAGACUCAAUCAAACGUGUAGUGUCCAGGGUCUAUCCUCAGAUGAUUCCUCCAAGGAUCGACCGACCUGAUCCGGGAGAUGCUAGAAAGUGGCAGGCUCAUCCUUACAGGGACACCAAGUCCAAACAAAUGAGAGUCAUUAGUAAUAGUGUAGAUUUGUUGUUUACAGACAAUAAAUACAGCUAUGAGAGUAUAGUUAUUAUGGAAGAGGACCCUGCAGUUAUUGAUUCAGCCACUUACCUGUAUGAGAGAAAUCCCAGUGCAUCAACUCUGCUGUGGUACAAGAAGGGGACACUGUUUGUUCUCAGAGGAAGCAGUUUUUUUCCUAGUAAAGAUCAUGGUGUCAUACUGGUAGGCCAUGGCAGCAAAGUUACCAAUGAAACAACCCGGCUGGCUGGUUAUGACUCAGAGAAUCUUGCCAGAUUUGUGUCAAUCCUAAAAACUCUACGAACCUUUGGUCAUCUUAGUACCAUCAGUCUCAUUAGUUGCAACAUUGGAAAUGACCAACACUUUAUGCUGCAGGUGCUACAAGUUCUCCGGUCUCUCAAUAUAGAAACAAAGCUGCACCUGUACAACUCCUUCUUGUCUGUGAGCUCUGAUGGUGAGAUAAUGACCAGAAAUGAUGGGAUCUGGAGGUCCCAUGACCUUAGCAGAAGAGUCAUUGCUGAACUGGACCAUACCUGCUGCAACCUGCUGACCAAAGUGGAACUUGGCUGCGCAGGGCCAGUGAGCCCUGAUUAUAAAGGAAAUACUUUGUCUCUUCAGACAUUUGAGUGGCCGAGCCAUCCUCAAAUGUUUGUUCCAAUGGAACUGCGCAAAAAGUACCCUUUUAUAGACUGCCUUGAAGGGCUUACUUGGAGCUUGUUCUUUGAGGAGAAUGAAAGAAGGCGUGCUCCUGAUCAUGUCCCAGACCAUGAUUUAAGACACGUGAGGGCAAUAUGGCUUAUAAAGCCAGGACCCAAAGAAGAAGAAAACAUUGUCUUCAAGCAUAUUGUUAACAUUCAGGAUCUACUAGUGGAGAUAAGAUACAAUGCCAGAGAGGAUGUUGCAACUGAUCUUUACUAUGUUCUCAAUGAAUGCAUUUACAAAGUAAACAGGAACAAUCUUAGUGUAAGUCUGGUAGGCAAGUUUAUUAGUACAGGAAAUCAGGCUGAGAUCGAACACUUCCGUCAGAAUUUCAAUGAGCAGCAGAAUGAGUCCUCCCUGCAGGAGCUGAGACAGGGUCUCAAAGCAUACAAAUUCAAUGACUUCUGUCGACAGACUUUCCAGUUCCAGCAGUGUAAUUAUAACUGUGAAAGAUGGGGUCGUUACUUCAUGGCAGCAGUGUUUUCAGCAUCUGUGCGUAACUUCAGAACCUUCUCACUUUUUCUCAUGAGUGUCAUAGGCUGUGAAGUAGGCCGCUCACAGGGGAUUGACAGCCCCCUAUGCACAGCAUUUGUUGGAGAUGACCACCCCAUGGUGAAUGAGCAACCCUGGCCUGAACAUCUGCAUCGAGGAUUCUAUGGUUGCACUGUUGAUGACUAUGAAAUGGCUCCACAAAACAGACAGAUUUGGUUAGAUCAAGUUGUUGCAAAGGAAAAUGCGCUUUACAUAAAAUCAAAGCAGAUGAUGAACACUGUCAACCACGAUGAGCAAACAGAACUGGACAUCUUUGGGCGGGUCAAAGUCAUGAAUAAAUAUGUUUUCUCAUCUUAUCUAGAAUUCUUUCGAGGUACGCCUGAGGGAAAGAAGCUCAAGAGAGGAUGUACACCUACGUUCCAUGAAAAUCCGUAAUAUUGGUCUAACGUACUAAUGUAAUUUAUAGCAUCUAGUAUUUUGAACAGAUGUGCCUGACGCUGAUAUAGACUAAGCUUGCUUGCAAAAAUAGGAGAAUGGAAAUUAUCUUUAUAUACUAAAUAAAAGCAAUAGAAUAGCUGUUACAUCAGAAAAUGAUCCUUUAAAUAUAAACUACUGUUUUCUUCUCA